UCGGUGGAGACACGGUACCGGUCCAAGAUCGGUCACGAACAAACUGAAGCAAACAUGAGAGAGUGCAUCUCUGUCCACGUGGGCCAGGCAGGAGUCCAGAUAGGAAACGCCUGCUGGGAGCUCUUCUGCCUCGAACAUGGCGUCGGUCCUGAUGGCGUCUUCCUGGACAGUCCUGCAGCACCGAACUCUCGUGAAGACUCGUUCAACACCUUCUUCAACACUGGGAGCUCUGGACGCCAUGUUCCUCGAGCCAUCUAUGUGGACCUGGAGCCCACUGUGGUCGAUGAAGUAAGAGUUGGAAAGUACAAAGAGCUUUUCCACCCCGAUCAGCUGAUCUCUGGAAAGGAGGAUGCGGCCAACAACUACGCUCGAGGCCAUUACACCGUCGGGAAAGAGAUCAUUGAUGGAGUCAUGGAGCGUAUUCGUAAAAUGACGGACCAGUGCACCGGCCUGCAGGGGUUCCUCGUCUUUCACAGCUUUGGAGGUGGAACCGGCUCUGGUUUCACCUCUCUGUUGAUGGAGCGUCUGUCUGUCGACUACGGCAAGAAAUCUAAGCUGGAGUUCGCCGUGUACCCAGCUCCCCAGGUGUCCACCGCUGUGGUAGAGCCGUACAACUCCAUCCUGACCACCCACACCACCCUGGAUCACUCUGACUGUGCCUUCAUGGUAGAUAACGAGGCCAUCUACGAUAUCUGUCGUCGCAACAUGGACAUCGAGAGUCCUGGAUACGUCAACCUCAACAGAUUGAUCGGUCAGAUUGUGUCCUCCAUCACUGCUUCCCUUCGUUUUGACGGCGCCCUCAACGUCGACCUGACGGAGUUCCAGACCAACCUGGUCCCGUUUCCACGUAUCCACUUCCCUCUGGUCACCUACUCGCCCAUCAUCUCUGCUGAGAAGGCGUACCACGAGCAGCUGACUGUGACCGAGAUCACCAGCGCCUGCUUUGAGCCGUCCAAUCAGAUGGUCAAGUGUGACCCUCGUCACGGCAUGUACAUGGCGUGCUGCAUGCUGUACCGAGGUGACGUCGUCCCUAAGGAUGUCAACGCUGCCAUCGCAGAUAUAAAAACCAGACGUUCCAUUCAGUUUGUCGAUUGGUGCCCAACUGGCUUCAAGGUUGGCAUCAACUACCAGCCCCCCACUGUGGUUCCUGGUGGAGACCUGGCCAAGGUCCAGAGGGCCGUGUGCAUGCUGAGCAACACCACUGCUAUUGCAGAGGCCUGGGCUCGGCUUGACCACAAGUUCGACCUGAUGUACGCUAAGCGUGCCUUUGUGCACUGGUAUGUGGGUGAGGGUAUGGAGGAGGGAGAGUUCUCUGAGGCCAGAGAGGACAUGGCAGCUCUGGAGAAGGAUUACGAGGAGUUGGGUCGAAUGAGCCCCGAUUCUGAAAAUGACGACGAAGACCAAGAAUACUGAACCUUGUGAGGCUGUGACGGCUGCACAGCAGUGAUUUGAUGAUGAUUUCAUAUCUGUUCUGUGUUUCUUUUAAACUACAGUUAACCAAAUUAAUAAUCUUCCUCACUGCCAUGUUUUUUUUUAACAUCACGCUUUAGAUUAAGAAGACAGACUGCUAAAGUUGUAUUUGAACUGUGCUUUGAAAUUAAGUUGGAUGUGAAACUUGUUAGUGAUGCAGAUUGUUACAGCGGCCAAAGACGACACGACGUCACCACCUCGUCCCCAUUACAAACACAUUCAGGGAACACAAGUCUGAAAGGUGGCCAUAUAUUAUAAUACUUCAUCCAAGAAAUACAGUUUAGUUUAGCUUAGCUUAGUUUAGUUUAGUUUAGUUUAGUUUAGUGAGAUGAAGGACCGCACAAAAUGUUGAAGACAACACAAAAAGGUCCAAGACUGAUUUCCAUCGUGGUUCUUGAUUUAAAGACAGCGUUGAUGGAGGAUACCAAGACAACAAAGUACUGUGGUAUACAUUUGAAGUACUUGUGCUUUACUUGAGCAAAUCCAUAUUAUGCUACUUUAUACUUCUACUCCACUACAUUUCAGAGGAAAAUAUACUUUUUACUUCCUUACAUUUAUAAUAGUUACUAGUUACAUUUCAGAUUACAAUUUUGCAUAAAAAUGAUACGAUCAUUUAUUAACUAUGAUGCCCAACAGUAUGUGAAGUAGUCAAAAUUAGCUCCACAUUGGCCAACCAAGUAACAACAUUAAAGUACCACUUACAUAUUAAUUCAUGAAUAAUACAACAAUACAACAUAACACUGGCAGAGGCCAUUCUGCACAGUGAGUACUUUUACUUUGAUACUUUAGGUACAUUCUGUUGCUAAGGUUGGAGAGGAGGAAUUUAACUUGCAAAGCAGUAUUUUUAUAGUGUGAUUUUGCUACUUUUACUUAAGUAGGUAAUUUAAUACAUUAUAUCCAUUACGUAUAAAAAUGAACUAAGAUGAUGAACUCUCGGUUCCAAGUGUCCCAGAAGUGGUUUUAUGACCCUGAACUAUAUCAAAAUAUUUAAGGUUGACUGUGAUCGUGCAGCAGCAGAUGUUAUAGAACCACGAGAAGCAUCCAAUCAAACCGCACGGACUGCUUAUUUAAACAACGAGUCCCGGCGGCCGUGAAGGUGUCACCUGAACAUAUCCAUCCGCGUGGAAAGUGUAAACAGUAGACGUUCUACAAAGAAGAGACUUGUGUGACAGAUUAUAAUUUACUAUUCCUUAACAGUACGAUGCGAGGAAUCCUUCGUAAUGUUUUCAGAAUUAUAUGCAAUGUAUGAAAUAUCAAGAAUCUAGAAUCUAAUCUUCACUGGAUGAAGAUUUUAGGCUGCAGCAUGUAGAAUUGACAUCAUAUGCGAUGGACACAUUUUUGAUUUAUUUUUUAGACAUAGCACAUUUCAGUUUGUAUAAUCUUUCAUGCUUUGAGCAGUAAUCGAAAGUAAUUAUGUACAUUUACUCAAGUAAUUGGCCUUAACUUCAAUUUUGUGUAUUUCUAUUUUAUGCUACUUUAUAGUUUAUUCUAUAUGUCUGAGAGAAAUAUUGUAGUUUAUACUUUCCUACAUUUAUAAUAAUUACUUUUCAGAUUAAGAGUUUACAUAAAAAUUAUAUUUAAAACAUACAUUUAUUAAAUAUGAUGCCCAAAAUCUAUUUAACAGCUGUAAACUACUUUGGGAGUUUAGAUAAUCUAUUCAAAAUCCAAUUAACAAAUUAAUUAUGAUGUAUAGGCUACAAUUAUGAAUUCAGCAAGCCGGGAGUUGAUACAUUUGUUAUAAUUAGCUCCACAUUUACCAGCUGCAACAUUAAAAUGAUGCUUACUUACACAUAAAUGCAUCCAUAGUUAUAAUCCGAUUACAUAACACAUUUCAUUAUGACAUGAGCCAUUCUGAAAAAUGAGUACUUUUACUUUUUGUAUUUAAAGUGUAUAUUGAUUUUAACACGUUUGUACUUUUACU